GUUGAAAUGUCGCAUUCACCUACUCUAAAUACUCUAGAUUUAGCGACAAAACUGCUAAGAUUUCAAAACAAAGAAAUUAAUAUACGUAUUUCAAUCCUUUACCUGCCUAAUGAAUCAUUGAACUACUCUAACUUGACACCAAAUGAAAAAUCAAUGUAAACAAGAAGAUAUAGAUGGUUAAGAAAAAUAAGAAGAUGAUCAUUUAAAAUAGAUAUAAAAAUAGAAGAAGAUCAAGAGAGGUUACUUACGAAAAGAUGUUUUGAAGUUUUCGAAAAGUUCAUAUGAUUUUUGAUUGAAAAGAUUCGAGUAUUGUGAUAAUUGAUCGUCAUGGGGAAAAAAAGAAAUGAAUACCAUCACCUUACUCUGGAGGAAAGAAGAGUAAUCACUGUUGCUGAAGUUGUUCAGGAGUUAAUAAAAGCUCACCAAGCAAAGAAAGAUAUUAACUUGAAUUCUCUGAAACAUCGAGUUUCUUCAAAGUAUGGUCUUGAAACUUCACCCCGCCUGGUUGAUAUUAUUGCAGCUGUGCCAAUAGACUAUAAGAAAAUACUUGUUCCCAAAUUAUUAGCUAAGCCAAUCCGAACAGCAAGUGGGAUUGCAAUCGUAGCUGUAAUGUGUAAACCCCAUCGCUGCCCCCACAUCAACUUCACCGGAAACAUCUGCGUCUACUGUCCUGGUGGUCCCGAUUCUGAUUUCGAAUACUCGACCCAGAGCUACACAGGCUAUGAACCGACAUCUAUGCGAGCUAUCAGAGCCCGGUACGACCCUUAUCUGCAAACAAGGCACCGUGUGGAACAGUUGAAACAGUUGGGACACUCGGUUGAUAAAGUGGAAUUCAUUGUGAUGGGAGGAACGUUCAUGAGUCUACCAGAUGAUUAUAGGGAUUAUUUCAUCAGGAAUUUACACGAUGCUUUGUCUGGACAUAAGAGCAGUUCUGUGGAGGAGGCAGUGAAGUAUUCGGAAAGAUCCAAUACAAAGUGUAUUGGUAUUACGAUAGAGACAAGGCCUGACUAUUGUUUGGAGAAACAUUUGUCGGACAUGUUGAAGUAUGGAUGCACAAGGCUUGAAAUCGGUGUUCAAUCUGUGUAUGAGGAUGUAGCCUUAGAUACCAACAGAGGGCACACUGUGAAAGCAGUUUGUGGUACUUUCCAUUUAGCAAAAGAUGCUGGUUUCAAAGUGGUGGCUCAUAUGAUGCCAGAUUUGCCGAAUGUUGAUUUAGAAAGAGAUGUUGAACAAUUCAUUGAAUUUUUCGAAAAUCCAGCUUUCAGAGCAGAUGGUCUGAAAAUUUAUCCAACUCUAGUUAUUAGAGGAACAGGAUUGUAUGAGCUCUGGAAAACAGGACGUUAUAAGAGCUAUCCACCGUCAGUUUUAGUUGAUUUGAUAGCAAAAAUAUUAGCUUUGGUCCCCCCAUGGACCAGAGUCUAUAGAGUUCAAAGAGAUAUACCGAUGCCUCUCGUAAGUUCUGGAGUAGAACAUGGAAAUCUUCGAGAGUUGGCUCUCAACAGAAUGAAGGAUCUUGGUUUGAAAUGCAGAGAUGUCCGUACUAGAGAAGUUGGUAUUGCAGAAAUUCACGAGAAAGUGAGACCAAACGACAUUGAGCGAGUGAGGAGAGAUUACAUGGCCAAUGGGGGAUGGGAAACAUUUUUGAGUUACGAGGAUCCUGCACAAGACAUUCUUGUAGGAUUACUCAGGCUCCGAAAAUGUUCCGAAGCGACAUUCCGCCCCGAAUUGGUUGGCGGCUGUUCUAUCAUCCGAGAACUGCACGUCUACGGGAGCGUAGUGCCAGUCAGCGGCAGAGACGAGAAGAAAUUCCAGCACCAGGGCUACGGAGCCCUGCUGAUGAACUGGGCCGAACAGAUAGCCAUGACGGAGCACGAGUCCGCGAAGAUAGCCGUGAUUUCCGGGGUGGGCACCAGGAACUAUUAUAGUUGGUUGGGUUACGAGUUGGAGGGGCCGUACAUGGUGAAAAGUCUGAAGGACGGCGAAUAUAAAAGUUGUUUCGAGUGUGUCGAUGGGCCUGUUCUGAAAUUUGAGGAGAAAAAGAAUUUUAUCAAGCAGGUUGCUGUUACCGACGAAGAAGAAGAUGAAUGGUUGAGGGAGUUUGAUGAUAACUAUCAAAAGUGUAAGGUAAACGUAGUUUAAUAAAAAAAAUAUAAUUUCAUUUUGGUUUCACAGAAUUUUUACUUUUCCAAGUUCAUUUUGUUGACUAUUUCAAAUCUGGAAUAUCCUGGAUUUGGUUUUUGGCCCGAAGCAACAUGGUGAUGUGCCACUGACUCAAAUGGGUUACGGAGUCGAAUUUUCUAAUGGCGUUGGUGAAUCCUUCAAAGUCGUUAUCUUCUAUGCACUCCAUCAGGCAAACAAUCAGUUGAUAUUCUCUGGAGUCUUCGAAUGCGGGGUACAUAUUAAUAUAGGUUUCCAGUUUUGAUGUUACAUCUAAAUUGGCACAAAGCAGACAAACAGCAGCUCUGAAUAGGUAUUGUUUGGCACAGUACUUCAUUAGUGAACUCGCCAAGUCGAAACAAGCUAUCUCUUGGAAGAUGAGUAUUGCCUUCAAAACAAUAA